AUGCAGUACAUACAGGGCGAGCGGGCAAACAGUAUUCAUUUCGCCAGGCCAAAUAAACUCUUUCCGCCAAACGGUGAAACAAAGUUGGAGGUAGUGGAGGUUGGUGUGCCGAAAGAGAAUGCACUGGUCGUCGUCGUCGCUGCGGUGGCGCUCGGAGUCCCAAAGCCGAAGGUC